UUGCAGCACUUUGUUUGCGCUGUCUGUGAGAAACCAUUUCUCGGUCAUCGUCAUUACGAGAAGAAGGGUCUUGCCUAUUGCGAGCAACAUUACCACAAGUUAUACGGCAAUGUAUGCUUCAAAUGCGGUAAAGUAUGCAGCGGUGAAGUUUUUCAAGCUCUCAACAAAUCCUGGUGUGUUGACUGCUUCGGCUGCAGUCUGUGCGACAGAAAAAUGGACCACAAGACGAAAUUUUAUGAAUUUGAUAUGAAACCAACGUGUAAGCGGUGCUAUGAUCGUUUUCCAACGGAACUGAAAAAACGGAUUAGCGACAGCCUGAAAGUGCGCGAAAUGGAAAUGGACAGGAACAGAAUGAUGCACAGGCGAUCCACCAGCCCAACACAGCAACAAACAAAUACCACAGGACGAUAA